AUGAAAAUCGUUGACUUAUUUGUUGUGGACGAAAUAAUUAAAUCUGUGAAGGAUAUAAAUAGUUUGAUACUUGAUAACCUAAGUGACAAGGAAUGUGUGUAUAACAAAAUCUGUUUAUAUUCCGAAGAUGAAGACACUCUCGAAGAGUUCACCAAGUUCGCAGCAUCCCUCCAGGACGACCCAGAUAAACCAACAAAUCAGAAAAACAAACUAAAACCCUUCCAAUGUGUCUACUGCUCCCAGUCCUUCACUCGCAACGACAACCUCCUCGUUCACAUCAAAAUCCACACCCAAGAAACACCUUACAAGUGCCCCGAAUGCCACAAACAAUUCUCCCCCCAACAACGCUACCUCGCCAGACACUCCAAGAUCCACACCGAAGACCGCCCUUAUAAAUGCACCACAUGCCAAGGCCUUCAAAACCCCAGCCAUCUCACCAACCACACCAGGACCCACACCGGAGAACGCCCUUACACCUGCCAAGUAUGUAAUAACAGAUACAGCAACCCGGCUACACUGGGGCACAAUGUCAAGACACACAUGAAACAGAAGCCUUAUCAAUGCAAGUUUUGUAAUAAGGAGUUCUCGAGGCGUAAUCGGUUGGUGACACAUACUAGUAUUCAUACGGGAAAGCCUUACAGGUGUGAUUUGUGCGAUAAGGCUUUUACAGAAGCGGGGAAACUUGCUGGGCAUAUGAAUACUUUGACACAUUUGAAGAACUUGGCUAAGUUUAAUGGGAUUGAUUGCACGGGAAAUGAGUUCUUUCCAAGUGCUUCAUCUAAUAGAAGUUCUAUGUACAGUAAUUCUACACAAGGCCUAGUCUACCUCGAUAGUCCCGCCAUGUCCGACACUGAAGAACUUUAUCCGGGCGCACCUGUUGCUGGAGUACCUGGCAUACCUGGUGCCGCCGAUUUGAGUGAUGCUUUGAGAAGGUUAACACCAGCUGAAGUCAUGACACGAAGAGCUGUGUUAAGCGGGGGACCACUUUAUGCAGACUAUGACUAUGAUAAUUUAGGAGGUGGCUGUGGUCCAAUAACAGGUUGGCGCACUCCUGACAGUGUCAUGUCGACAGGUGGUUCUUCCAGUGGGGUUUCAUCGAGACAUAGUGGAGGCACCAGUUCCGGUGUGGGAGGUUCCAUGUGGAGACCGCCUAGAGAUGUUUUGCAAUUAGUUAAACCUAUGGAAGGAUCACAUACUUUGAGACAUUGGAGCAGGUUGGCUACACCCACAUUGGCAGGAUUGUUGGAAGAGCGUCCAGGUGUCCAAAUCCGAGGCGGACGUGGUCUGGACGAAUUGGGUAUGGAACUGUACACUCUCUCAGACCUCGAGGAAGAUGAUGAUAUCUCGUUACCAGGAAAACGGUUCCAAAAUUCUGGCUGUGUAUAUACAUAUACUAACAGUACUGUGAUGCAUCCUGAUGACGGCAGCAUUUGUGGCACAAGCGAGUAUGGUUCUCGUCUGUGUUCAGCUCAGCCUACACCAGGUACUCAAACACCUGCACCUCGCACCAGAUCUAAUUCGACAUGUUCUACAUUCUCAACUAACAUGGGUCUUGCCAGUGUGCUGAAUGAAAGAGGGAUGCAGAGCGGCGUUCCGUCCUGCUUCAACACACCAGCGUCUGUUCGUGGCGGAAUGUUUUCGACUAGUACCACGAAUGGGCAGGACUACACUCCAACAGCUACUCCUUGUAAUAGUCCUGAUGGAUCACCGAUUGCCACACCAAGAUGUUCCAGUCCUGAACCAGUAUCACCUCAUGCCGGUAUUGCCAGCUUAUUAAGUCAAGGAGCAGAUCUGCUGUGGCGCACUUUUGGAACUGGUUUAUACCCUGAAAAAUCCAUUGAGCACCAUGAUUUAUCUCCAUCGGACACCAAGUCCGUGAGCAGUAUAGGUCUCGUCGACAGCGUGAAACGUCUAGGAUUAGAAUCUCUAAUUAUACCCCCUGGAGACACCAUCGACAACAGGUAUGGUUACAAUGAACCAUUGUCUUUGCAUUUAAGAGGGGCAGGAAGUGUGGUGACUCGGAGGAACGACGCUGGACCGAUGGCCAGAUUAGCAAGCAUCAGGGCGGCGCUUAAAGAAGCCGAGGCGCAUUCUGAAGGUGCACCACGUGUUCAGCCAGAGACGCCUAAAGAAUCAAAAGACUCUGCCAGUCCUAAAGCCGCUGAGGUGGCUAGUCCUUCACCCAGGAGGGCGAGGGGAGGAGCCGCAGCUGAUAGAAGGGCGAGGAUGAGGGAACGAAGGAUUACCAGGACUGAUUUAGGAACUGUGGUCCCUACUGGUGCAAAAGUUAAAAAGGAUCAAGAGGCUCCAACGACCACUUCAACAGAAGAAGCCCCUAGAAGAUCAGCCUUUGGAGCAAUAGGCGCUCUGCUGUUUGGAAGAAAAGGUGGUCUGCUGUAACAUCACAUUGAUUAAAAGUAAAUUCGCACACAUCACAGGGUUUGUUGAAAAUGUUUAUUUUUAAAUCGAUUGAGUAAAAUAGAUUUUUGAUUCGGUCGUUCGAUGGUAAGAGAAAUGAAAGAUAAAAGAUAAAAGAUAAUUUUUUAUCUUGUUUGAAACGGGAAAACGCUGGUAGAGAUUUUUUGCAGUUGUUGAUUUUAGAAACUUGCCAAUAAUUAAUUUUAAGUUAAGAUUUAACAUCAAUAAAUUUUUCUCAAAGAUAGGUACAUUUAUUCUUAUCAUUUCUACUCAAUUUUUUACCAUUGAACGACCGAUACCUUUACCCAAACUUCCAAAUGCUGUUGAUAAUUUUAAAAGUUUUAAUUUAUUUUUAAUGCGACCACUCGUUUUACAAUACAUCAUCGAGU